AUGUAUGACUUUUCCUGGAAAAUCUAUUUUGGAAUCUGGAUAUUAGUGUUGACUGAAGGAGAUUUUCAAGCAUUUGCAGAAGAAUCCUAUUUACAAGGAGAGGACACAAAAGCAAAGGAUACUGCACCAGAUCUACGCGAUGACUGGCAAUCGAUUAGAAACCUCCCCCAAUUUCUGGAUUCUAAGCACCUUCUUGAUUUCAGGGACUCAGAGAAAUUCAGCAGGCGCUUGUUAUUUCGAAGGAAGAGAUCAAUCUUCUUUCCUACUGGGGUUAAAAUAUGUCCAGACGAGUCUACUGAACAAGCUAUUGCCAACCACCUGAAAUACUUCAAACUCAGAGUGUGCCAGGAGGCAGUAUGGGAAGUCUUCAAAACUUUCUGGGAUAGACUUCCAGGACAUGAAGAAUACCAAAACUGGCUAAAUCUAUGUGAAGAAGGAACUCUGAGUAUAUUUGAGAUGGGCACUAACUUCAGUCAGUCUGAGGAGCAUCAAAGCCUCAUAAUGAAGAAACUGUCCUAUGCUAAAGAAGCAAUGGGCGGUUCCUGCAGCGAUUGGUGGUGUGGUUUGGGGAUGCCAACAUCUUCUCCAGCUAGUGAUGCUACCACAUUGAGAGAUGCAGCUGCCAAUGUUCCACCUCCUGAUGUGGUUUCAAUUGAGAGUCCUUCAGAGAGAACCACAAACAAAAGUGAAGACCCUGAAACCAACAAUGAGAUCAAAAAAGACGAUGGGAAACCGAUGAAACCAGCUCAUGAACAGAUGGUUGAGUUCAGCAUUCUUCUUCCGGAAGAGAAAUACACCAACAAGCUGAGUGACCCCUUUACUGAAGAGUACCAGCAACUCUCUCUACAGUUUAUUUCUGAAAUUCAAAGUGCAUAUGAAGGAUUGCCUGGAUACCAGAAUAUCCAUGUCACGGAAUUCAGGUCUCAUCCGGAAGACAGUGGUGUGGAGGUUCUGUACACUGUGGUUUUUGAUGGGGAAGCCAUCAGCAAUGCUACGUGGGACCUGAUUAACCUUCAGUCCAACAAAGUGGAAGACAAUGCCUUUCUAGAGAUUGAAGAUAACCCAACGGUUGUUUACACAGUCAGUGACUUCAGACAUUAUAUUGCUGAAAUCCUUCAUAAGAACUCUUUACUUGAGAAUGCCUCGUUGAACCUGGAUCCCGACUCUCUCCAGCUCAUUAAUGUAAAGGAAAUAGUCUCUUCUGUAACUGAAGACCCGACUCGAAUUACUGCUAAGCCUAUUGAUGAUGAUCGUGUUGUGGUAUCUGAAUGGCCCUCGGCUGAUGAGUCAACUGUAAGCAACAUCUUGCCACUUGAUUUCACUAGACCUGGUUUCAUCUUUGAUAUGGAGCAAUACAAUGACAAUGAAAUCUGGUUAAGACCAGAUGGCUUUCUGAGCCCCGAAAGCAACUUCAGUUCAACACCGAAAGCUACCCUCCAUUCAAAAACUGAUAUCCCCAUUCCCCCAGAUGAACUACUUUUUGUGGAUGAAAAACAGAAGUUGCAUCCCAUCACACCAUCAACAUUAGAGACUGAUUCUCCUGUGGACUUGGAAAGCAUUUCUAUUUUUUCGUUAGAAGAUGUGCUUGGGGAUUCUAAGGAGUCAGAAGGUUUUCUUUUGCCUUCAAGACCUCCCCCUCACAUGGUGCCAAAAGAAAUCCCACCCACAAGCGAUUCUGUGAUUCCUCUCACUCCUAUACCACCAAUGGCCUCUGUAUCAGCCAUAGAGCCUAGUACGGAAGAAGUGUUAUCUACAAGUUUUGUAGAAGAGGAAACUCUACAACCUUAUAUAUAUAUAGAAGAAGGUAAUAUAGAUGACUAUGGUUCUGGUUCAGGACAGGAAACACAAACAAUGAUAUGGCCUUGGUAUAGACCUACAUUGGAGACAGAGGGAUCGGGUAUGUAUGACUAUAAAGAAACAAAUUUCAUAUUGACUUCCUCAAAGGACUAUACAUCUAAGGAGCUACUAGAUGAAGUCAUAUCCCAGUCACCUCUUGGAAUAGAAGAACCUACAACAGAAAGUGUUCUUGCUUCAUCUACUGAGAUGUACAGUACAUCGCAGUACAUAAUAGAAUUGGACGAUUCCAGUGAGGAUUAUCAAAUCAUUCCUGAAGUAAUUGGAAUAGAAGACCAAACAGUAACAGAGCAGUCACCCACAAAGUAUCCAAUUAUAGCCAUUACAAUAAAACAACCAGACAGUAUUUCUCCAAGAACUGGAAUAGAAAAACCAGGAAUAAUUUUAACAGCGGAUCCUUCCGUGGAAAGGCCAGUGACUGAUAUUUUUAUGGUGGACCAGCAGAUCCCUCAUUCAACAGCUCAAGAAGCCUCUGGAUCAAUUGCUCUGAAGCCAGUUACUCUUCCUGCUGAAAGUGUCACUCAUCAACCUGCUGUUGAAGUCACAAGUUCAGUAGAAUCAACUAGUUCUGAAGUUUCAACUGCUGUUCCUUAUUUAAUAGAAAUGACAACAGCUUCUGAUGACUUCACUGGAGAGUUCAGUACAACCCACAUCACUAAUACACCUCCUAGUAGCUUUGACAGUGCAGUAAGCUACCCUGCAAUAGUGACUAUUACACCAGAGUACUCUAUCCCUGUCCUCACUGACAUGCCUACCACACAACCAACAGUAUUUCAAUCUACCAUUAUCUCUGCUGAAUUGGAGGAAGAUUUGAUUGCAAAGGAAUUGGAGGAAGAUUUGAUUACAAAACAGGACCGUGAAGGCACUACAUAUUACCCCCCUGAAAUGAACCAGGAAGGAAGAAGCAUGACUGAGAGUCAUAUGAAGCUAUCUACAAGUGCCCAUUCAACAGAGAUGGCCAGUGUAGCUGGGGCUACUCAUGAAAAUCUCAGUAACGUUACUGUACCUGCACGGGCUUUAGUGGUGUUCUUUAGCCUUCGAGUUACCAACAUGAUGUUUUCAGAGGACUUGUUUAAUAAAAAUUCCCCUGAAUAUAAAGCCUUGGAACAGAGAUUCUUAGAACUGCUGGUUCCUUACCUGCAGUCCAAUCUAACAGGCUUCCAGAAUCUGGAAAUUCUGAACUUCAGAAAUGGUAGCAUUGUGGUGAACAGCCGAAUGAAGUUUGCAAAACCCGUGCCUCGUAAUGUCACUAACGCUGUGUACAUGAUUCUGGAAGACUUUUGCAACACGGCUUACCAGACCAUGAACCUGGCUAUUGACAAGUACUCCCUUGAUGUGGAAUCAGGAGAUCAAGCUGAUCCUUGCAAGUUCCAGGCAUGCAAUGAGUUCUCUGAAUGCCUGGUGAACCAAUGGAGUGAAGAAGCCGAGUGUGUCUGUUACCCCGGCUAUCUAAGCAUUGAAGGAUUGCCUUGUAACAGCAUUUGUGAUCUGCAGUCUGACUUUUGUCAAAAUGAUGGCAAAUGUGACAUAAUCCCAGGGCAAGGGGCAAUAUGUAGAUGCCGUGUAGGUGAGAACUGGUGGUACAGAGGAGAGCACUGUGAAGAGUAUGUGUCAGAGCCGCUUGUCGUGGGUAUCGCUAUUGCUUCGGUAGCCGGCUUCCUCCUCGUAGCAUCCGCCGUCAUUUUCUUCCUAGCCAGAACCCUUCGGGAUCAGUACACAAAGAGUGAAAUUGAGGACUCCUUAGGGCAAGGAGACAGCCUUUCAUCCAUUGAAAACGCAGUGAAAUACAACCCAAUGUAUGAGAGUGAUGCUACCGGACACAGCCACUACUAUCGGAGAUAUCCACAGCUUACUUCGUACAGCUCAACAAGCAAUGAGACAUCCACAGAGUACAGCAGUGAAGAGAUCAGGCACAUUUAUGAACAUAGUGAGCUAACUAAAGAAGAGAUUCAGGACAGAAUACGGAUUAUAGAACUUUAUGCCAAAGAUCGGCAGUUUGCAGAGUUUGUAAGGCAGCAUCAAAUGAGUUUGAAAGCUGUCAGAAACACAAAUCCUACAAGUUAG